GAGACAUGGCGUCGACUGAUGCUCCGUGCAUGCUACAUCUUUUGCUGAUCUGUUUCCUUCAGGCAUGUCUUUCUCAACACGCAUCAGCCUUGUGGGAGUGUCACUGUACAAGCGGAUGUGACGUCGGCUUCCGGUGCGCUAGUGGCUGUUUCAAGGGCUGGUCAGGCCCCACUUGUCAGAUACGAAACAUAGCUCUGAACAAACCAACAGAACAAAGCGGCACUGUCAAUGACUGUAAGUGGGCGUACACAGCCGCCAGGAGAGACGUGUGUGGGAACAAGACUUCCUCCCUGGCAGUGGACGGCGAUGUCAACAGCAACUACUGGUCAGGGACUUGUACACACACGGAACCACAUAUGACACCGGCCUGGUGGACAGUGGAUCUGGGACAGACACACCUUAUCACCAAUCUGAGAAUAUUCUUCUCAAAUCCACAACGGAUGCAAGGCUUCUUGGUAGGGGUAGACCAUAAGCGGGUCUGCUAUGAAUGGAGUCGGACCCACCGUCCCAGCUCCCCCGUCAACAUCAGCUGUGACACACCCACACGUGGACAACAUGUCACUGUCCAGCUGCCAACACUGGUCGGCUCGGGCUACAUCCUCAAUCUCUGUGAAGUGGAAAUAUAUGAGUGUACUGACGGGAGUUUCGGGCCUGACUGCGGUACCUGGUGUUACUGUAGGAACACAUCUGAGGUGUGCGACAAAAUCACUGGAUACUGUGAGAGUGGGUGCAAGGAUGGAUACACUGGGACGGGCUGUCAGGAACCUUGUCCCCAUGGACGCUAUGGUUCUGGCUGCAUGGAGACGUGUGGACAUUGUGCUGGAGGAGAUCAGAACUGUCACAAUGUGGAUGGGACUUGUAGUCAUGGCUGCCAGGAGUACUGGAGUGGAAAAUUGUGUAAAGAGUGCAGUGACAACUGGUUCGGUGACCAAUGUGGCAGGGAGUGUAGAUGUAAGAACAGACAGGAAGUGUGUGACAAGAGGACUGGCCAGUGUCACUCUGGAUGUGAAGACGGAUGGACAGGACUGGACUGUCAGACACCGUGCCAGGACGGUACCUACGGCUUCAACUGUACAGGCAGAUGUGGGAGGUGUCAGGAUGGACAGCCAUGUGACAAAAUAGGAGGAGAGUGUCAGACAUGUGCUGACGGAUUCAAGCCUCCGUUUUGUCAAGUGUGUGAUGACUACUUCUAUGGGGAGCAAUGCAGCUCUAUGUGUGGCCAUUGUCGGGACAACGCCAUCUGCAAUAACGUGUCAGGCGAUUGCCCGGAUGGAUGUGAACCAGGAUGGCAAAGGAUGACGUGUCACCAAGCUUGUCCUGAGGGAGGCUAUGGUUCUGACUGCAUGGAGACGUGUGGACAUUGUGCUGGAGGAGAUCAGAACUGUUCCAAUGUGGAUGGGAUUUGUAGACAUGGCUGUCAGGACAACUGGAGUGGAACAUUGUGUAAAGAGUGCAGUGACUACUGGUUCGGUGACCAGUGUGACAGGGAGUGUAGAUGUAAGGACGCUUAUGAAGUGUGUGACAAGAGGACAGGUCAGUGUGACUCUGGAUGUGAAGACGGAUGGACAGGACUGGACUGUCAGACACCGUGCCAAGACGGGACCUACGGCUUCAACUGUACAGGCAGAUGUGGGAGGUGUCAGGGUGGACAGCCAUGUGCCAAAAUAGGAGGAGAGUGUCAAACAUGUGCCCCUGGAUUCAAGAUACCGUUUUGUCAAGAGUGUGAUGACUACUUCUAUGGGGAGCAAUGCAGCUCUAGAUGUGGCCAUUGUCGGGACAACGCCAUCUGCAAUAACGUGUCAGGAGAUUGCCCGGAUGGAUGUGAACCAGGAUGGCAAAGGAUGACGUGCCACCAAGAAUGUGACGAAGGCAGAUAUGGUGACGGGUGUUCAGAAGCCUGUGGUCAGUGUGCAGGGAAGUGCAGCCCUGUAAAUGGAUCAUGUGAUCAAGAAGGAUGUCGUGAUGGAUGGACGGGGCAGAGAUGUGACGACGCAUGUCCAAAUGGUACCUUCGGUCCAGCAUGCAGCCAUCAGUGUGGACAGUGUCUGGGUGGACAUGUGUGUGACAAGGGGACAGGAGAGUGUCCAGGCUCCUGGUGUGAGAGAGGAUGGAAGGGGCUUCAAUGUCUAACAGACUGCAACGGCACCGGCUUCUACGGCUACAACUGCAACGAGACAUGUGGGAUGUGCGUCGAGGAGGUGUGCGACCCAAUCACAGGGGAGUGUCCCCGUGGGUGCAGACCCAAGUAUGUGGGUGCGACGUGUAACCUUCAACAACCCUCGAACUCAGGUGGUCAUGCCGGUGCUGGUGUGGCGUAUGCGUUUGCCGUUGUCGUUGUUGUGUCGAUGAUCGUUGCGAUGUAUUUCCUGAAGAGACGGAAACAAAGGAAGUCGAACACUGACGUCGCUGCAGCUUCGCCCGAUGUCGUCGUUAAUCAAGCAUAUCCGGGUGAAGGGGCCGUGUCGGAUGAAGGGGAUGCAGACGGCAUUUAUGUCAACGUGGAACUGACCAAGGUGAAGGUAGCUGAGCUUCGAGAAUACAUCGCCAAGAGAGAAGACAAGUUUGUGUCCGAGUAUGGGAGAGUGCCUCGAGGUCUGCUCCACCCUCACACAGCUGCCACCACCCCAGAACACAGGCCCAAGAACAGAUUCAAAGCCAUGUAUCCCUAUGACCACUCCCGCGUUGUCCUGCAGAAGACGCCUAGGGACAAGCACUCCGACUACAUCAACGCCAACUACAUCAACACCUACAAGGAGAAGAAGGCCUUUAUUGCAACCCAAGGCCCAAUGCCCAAGACUGUGGGCGACUUCUGGAGGAUGAUCUGGCAGGAGGAGACCGACAUCAUCGUCAUGCUCACCAGACUCAAGGAGGGAAUCAAGGUGAAGUGUGAGAAGUACUGGCCGGAGGAGAAGAGUCCACUGAAACUUGGAGACCUGACCAUCACCAACGACGGGGUCACUGAGAGACCGGACUACUGCAUCACACAGAUUACCAUACAGCACAAGAAGCUGAACGAACGCCGUCAAGUGAUGCACCUGCACUAUGUCACGUGGCCUGAUCAUGGCGUCCCAUCAUCCCCUCCGCUCGUCCGGUUCUGGAAGGUGUUCCGGUCCAUGGCGGCUGACAGCAAGGCUCCCGUCGUUGUCCACUGCAGUGCUGGAGUUGGGAGAACAGGGACAUUUAUUGCUCUGGAGGCCCUGAUGGAGCGAGCUCGACGGGAGGGAGUGGUGGACGUCCACGAAUUUGUCCUCAAGAUGAGAGCAGACCGGGUCAGCAUGGUGCAAACAAAGGAACAGUACCUGUUUCUCCACCAGGUGGUGCUGGAGGCGCUGUACAGCGACAUGACACACAUGACACCCACCAUGUUUGACAGCCGGUUCUGCACCGACAACCUUGCUUCGGCUUCAGAAGAAGCCAUCUUGAAAAAGAAUGGGAGAAACUCGUUGAACUGAAGGGAGAAUUAAAUGCCUCUGAAACUGAGGGAGCUCUUCUGUCAGAAAACUCGCGGAAAAACCGUAGCAAGGACAUUCUGCCAGCUGAUAAAUGCAGGCCGAUCUUAUCUCUCCCGGUUGCUGAGAGUAACGAUUAUAUCAACGCAGUAUUUGUACCUACGGAAACCCGCCAGAAAGGUCUACUGGCCACACAGCUGCCUCUGCCGUGGACUGUGGUGGACUUCUGGAGGAUGGUGUUUGACCACAAUGUCCAGACCGUCGUGUCUCUCGUCUCAGAGGAAUGCACAUCACAGGUUGACGAAGCCCUGUUUUGGCCGAAGACAAAUAAGGUUUUGGAGUGUGGACCCUUUCGUGUCGAGAAGUUGGAAUCAAAGAACAAGGCUAUAGCACUGAAUGUCUUGUUACAGGACUCUGAUGAGAGCACCAACAAGAGAAGUCAUGUUGCUGUUUGUGAGUGACUGGGAGGAGGGUGUGGACACGCCUACAAACACAUCACAGUUCCUGUGUCUCAUCAACGACAUCGACUCCAGAAUCGCCGCCGGCAACAUCGCUGUCAUGUGCAUGGAUGGUGCCAGCAAAUGCGGACUGUUGUGUGCUGUGCAGAAUAUCAUCCAACGUCUGAAGCAAGACCAAGAGAUAGACGUGUUUUUGACAGUCAGAUUGCUACAGACAGUCAGGCCCAGCUUUGUGACUUCCUUUGCCCAGUACCAGUUCUGCUACAGGGUGAUUAAAGAAUACCAGAAGACUAUCAACACAGUGUAUGAGAACUUCCGUGGCUAGGGUUUCGUCAGCGCUGAUCGAGCAAGGGAAUUACACAACAAAUAGUUACCGUAAUAUAUGCAAUACAAUUGUUUUAAAUGAAACAUGUUUCUUUGUACAUAGCCUUGCCAAGCCUUGCAUACAUAUGCAAAAACAUAGUUGCUUCACAUUCCAAUGAGUUUUUCAUCUGAUUAACACUUACCUCUAUUUUUCAAUCUUCUCCUACUGUGAUUUUUAUCUCAUGUUUUAUAAUAAUUUUUGUUGGGUUUAUUCUCACACCAUAUGAGUUAAGGUCACCUUGUGUCACUAUGUGCUUGAUUAUCAACGUGUAUGCAAACGCUUGAAACUUUUAACAACUUAAUGAAGCCAAAAUAUUCCCAUGUCAGCUUUCUUUACGGUUACAGAUUUUGACAUGAUUGCAUACUUGUAAAUAUGUGGGUCUAAGCUUACAAUUGUAUCUUAUAUCAUGACUACACGCUAUAUCUAUGAUUGAUAUAGAUACACAAACUUGGUUUACUCGUAUUCAUUCCUAUCCUAAACUGAAUUUAUAUUGUGACAUUAAACUUUCUUUUGAGAGAGAGGUGUAUUUAACUUCUCUGGAUGUACCAGCUUAUAGUAAGGCUCUCAGUAUAUUUCGUUGUUCAGGCCAUCAGUUAAUGAUAGAGUCUGGAAGAAAAUGUGGUCUGACAAGAAAUUCUAGAUUAUGUCCAUUUUGUGUUAUACCUGUAAUUGAGACAGAAUAUCACAUGUGUUUGGAAUGUCCUUUUUACUAGACAUACAAUUUUGCCUGAGUUCUAUUGUACUCAUCCUUAUGAUAAAUUGGUAUUACUUUGAACAUCACACGAUUCAAGUAUUUUAAAAUCGUUUAGCGAAUUUUUUGUUCCUUGCAUUUAAACAACGUAACAAUUACCUUAACAAAACUUGUACAACCCAUUAAGUGUGUGUUUAUUGACCUUGUACAGUGUUAUGGCGCUCCAGAUUUCCACUUUCAUGAUAUGAUUCAUGUACCGUAACUGUAUAAUGGGCCUGUGGCCCCUUUAUUGAAUAAACCAAUUAUUAAUACUACAUGUUUCCUACAAAACAACAUUCUGCUGUAAACUCACAUGAAACAACAACUGAUGCAGGCAAGGCAAGAUGGACAGGAUUCUAUCAAUAACAUCGCUGACGUACCAUGAUACAUAUAUAUAUUUGUGGUAAAUAAGGUGAGAGGUACGCAAAAGUACUUCUCCUGACAGGGACUUCACGGGGUUUCUUCUUGCUGGUGUUGCGUAAAGAAACAUCAGUAUGUUGUCUCAGAUCCUGGCAUCCCGGAGUUGAUGGUGAAAGCCCAUCCAGCAUGUUGCCAGUAUAAAUUUCUCAAAUACAUGAACAUAUUAUGUUAUCAUUUUCAAAACUGUUUUUGUAACUGUACAUAUUGCUUAGAAAUUCAGUGAAUGUUUUCCAAUGAAGCCCUAACCCCUUGGAUGCCUUAUCUCGCCAAUACUUAUCAUUGUCAGCGUUUUCAAGAAGCCAAAGAGUUUCAGAUAUGUUUAAAUCAAUAACUAGGACUCUAAUAAAAUAUUAUUGACACCGGAAGAUCCAGUGUUGCGUGAAUGUAUGUCUUGUGCAGAACAUGACAACAUGUUCUUAAAAAAAAAUAGUCAGGCAUCCAGAGGGUUAUAUAUAAAAAAAAUAUUAUAUAUUGUUUUAAUUAUUUAUUUUUAUUGCUUCUUCUUCGUAUAUAUACAAUGCUCUCGACAUGUACUCACAUAUUCUUCAAAUAAAAAUAACGUUAUCGUU